AUGCUUUCUAAAACAUUUGCGUCGUUGCUCGCUUUAUCUCUCACCGUGCUUGGCGCUGGCGAGCCCAAUAAUGCAAUAUCAACCCUCUACCAAUUUCCUCGUGGCUCAUGGCUAGAGAACCUCGAGACAGGUCCUUCUAACAGCAUCCUCGCAACGAGACUUGACAUCCCUGCUGUUUACCAAGUUAAAGCUCCCCAGGCUCAAUGUGGUCCAGGUGCUGGAAUAGCUUCUGCGGAACUUAUUCAAUCUUUUCCCAGUGCGACGGGCGCCCUGGGGAUUGUUGAGUACAGGAAGAAUCGCUUCGCAGUCAUUACUGGAAAUUACAGCCUCGAGACGCAUGAUUCUACCGUAGGAAGCUACGCUAUCUGGGACGUGCAGUUCUCGGGCGCCGGUCUCGACCACGUCGCCGCCAAGAAGCUUGCCGAUAUCCCCGAGGCAGGCUUCCCGAACGGAAUGACGGUGAUGAACAAGAGGUCAGGCACCCUACUUAUUGGAGAUAGCUGGAAUGGGACCGUCUACCGAUUGGACCCGGAUACCGGUGACUACGAAGUAGUCUUGGAAGACGAAACUAUGAAGCCACCUACCGGGGAGAACUUGGGGUUAAACGGCAUCCACACUGUGCUCGUCGGCCAUGAAACAUUCUUGUACUAUACCAACAGCCUGAAGGAGACGCUUGGUCGAGUACGAAUCGAUUCAGUCAGCGGACGCGCAACUGGUCCCUACACCACACUCGCAACAGGUGUCUGGGGCGACGAUUUCACUUAUGACCGAGCGACUGGAGAUAUCUACGUGGCUGGAAACUUUGAGAACAUUGUCACAAAGCUGAACCGCAAGGGCGACACGGAAGGUAUAAUUGGCGCGGAAAAUCAGCUCACCGUGGCUGGCGCAACUAGCGUGUUGCUCGGAGGUGAAAGCGACAGAAUUCUCUAUGUUGCUACAUCCGGUGCGCUGGCUGCCCCUGUAAACGGCACUAUUACCGAGGGUGCAAAGAUCGUUGCUAUUAGAAUCGAGCAGAUAUAG